AUCUCCCAUUCUAGUGAGAUGUGGAGAAAACCCAGGUGUCUUGAAAUUGACAAUUCCUUCCUCUGGUAAAUCGUCCGUAAAAUCUUUCUAUUGAUGAAAGUCUGUUUUAGGGGGGACUGGAUUAUCCCUCGGUUUUCUUGUAUUAACGCACGCUUUCAUCGCGUAAGGAAUGGCAUCGUUUAAAUGGUUUUGCCACGUUUGAAAUCAAAGUUCGGUCUAAUUACCCCCAGAUAAUGAAAUGCUACGUAUACAUCCAACGACGUUUCUUUUUAGACUUGAUAACAAAGCUUCGCUUUAUCGCUAGGUUUUAGCAAUCAAUAGCUAUUGCUGCAGCCAGUCACCUUUUGAAGACUAGGGAAAGCGCCAAUCAAACGUUCCCGCAAACGCCUCAGCUACGUAAAGACUUGAGGAGAUAAAGCUGACGACAUGUUAACGCGGACCGGAACUGUCGUCCGGAAAAACCGGCGCCGGUCUAGCGGGAGAGGAUCGUGUAGACGAGGAUCAGCGCCCACUGUUCUUCAGGCUGGGUGUGUCCCUCCGUCCUCUCCCCGGCGGACCCUGUCUACCACACGCACCUAUCUCACCCCUCAGCCAUCGCCGUCGAAAAGCGUUACUUUCAGCUUCGAGGGCGAGAGAAAAUCGUGUUAUUCUCCGGAUGUGUUGUCCAUGCGUAGACCGUCAAGCAUUGUAAAUAGUCCCUCUGAAAAACCUCAGUACUACGGAAGUUUCGUUCUAUGGACGGAUCCGGCGGAAGGAGACAAUUCAUUGUCUGUGUAUGUUGGACUUGUGGAGGCGUGUGAUGAGGCCGGAAAUGCUUGCGACUUCGUCCAUAGGGCCUUUAUUAUUUUCGGAAGAACUCUUCCAGCUACGGUAUUUAUAGGGCUGCUCCUGGCGCUGCCCGUCACAAUGAUAAUCAUCGGGGUUAAGUAUUUAGAGGAAUGUCCAAGAGAACCAAAGCUUCCGAUAUAUCUUUUGGUCGGCGGAUGCUUUGGAGGUUUAAAACUGUUAAUGCUCAUGUGCGAACAGGCGCGGAAGUUACGUGACGAUGAUGACGAAACAAUUCACGAUGAUUCGGAGCUUCUGACCAUGACUAAAGUGGCUCACGUCUUUCUCACCUUAUUUUUGUGUGUUUGGUUUGGAUUCGGGAAUGUCUGGUUCUUUGGGGUUGGAAUUCCUAAGUUUAAGGCGCCAUUACAUGAACCUAAGAACUGGUGUGACAGCGUUGUGUUCAGUUUUACGUUCUGGCAGAUUGUUAUCUGUUAUGUCUUGAUUACUCUUGCGUUUGUCUUUGGGACCUCUUUCUGUGCAUGUUUUACCUUUUUUCGAUGUAAAAAGGAUAUAGAAAAGGUUUGACUUCAUUAAGCAUGGAAUAGGACAAUUUAAACCACAAAAUGAACCAAGGUAUACAUGUUUUUCUAUGAUAUUGUAAAUUUUUUCAUUGUAAUACCACUGGGUAUUUUAAAGUAUGGAUAUGAAAUAUAGUUUUUUGAAGAUCGACACAGAGUCUUUUUUUAUAUUCAGCCGUUGGUUAUAAUUUUAGGCGGCCAACGUAAGAUUUGAUUCUUUCAAUCUUUUGCACAUGUCUUUAAAUUACCUUGUACUUAAAUUUUUUUUUUAUUUUUUAGAAAUUGUAUUGAUACCGUUUAUGAAAUUUGAAGACGAUAAACAAAACAAAGAUACAGUUUGUGGGAUUUUUAAGAAAUAUUCUUUACCCGAUUUUUACGUCAUUGAAUGGUUGAACGUAGCCAUUGUGCAUUUAUGACGUUAUAAUAAAAUGAAGCUUUGUAGGAGUACGUUAUGAAAAUUGAUAUGAAAUAAAGAUAUAAAAAAGUGUAUGCCUUGGAAACUUAAUCUAUCAUUGGUAUCAGUUGUUUUUUCUUAAUAUUUGAAUGAAUCCAUUGUACCAAUCUACGUGUAUAAGUGCUUCAUGACCCCUUUUUAAAUGCAAGAUGGUAGAAUUUUGUGUUUUUUACGACGCCCAAAAGAUCUUAUUCGUCAAAUAUAUCAAUUUAAGGAAAAUGUAUAUCGUAACACUUUCAUACUAUGAUUCAAUUCGAAGUGCAAAAAUUGCAAUUUUCUAUAUAUUUCUAGUAAAUGUACUUGUAUUUUUAAAUGGCCAUUACGUACAAAAAAAGAAACAUUUAAUAGAUUUUCAUGGAACUCAUGGAGUGGGUAUAUAAUACACAAGGUUAAAACACAAUGAGUUUUUCUAUUGUAGUAUUGACGCAAAAUACUCUAAGUUGACCUCCGUAAGGAAAAGUAGUUAAAAUAUUGGAAAUAAGUUAUGUGAAACUAGAAAUUACUUAUAUUGGUUUCAGCAACUUUUAAACUGUACCAGCACAAUACCACAGACACCAUGAAAAUAUAUACCCUAUGUCUAAUAAUACGCCUGACGUUAAUUACGUUAUAAACAUGUAUUUUUCUCAUAAAAAUAUAUAUACUCUAUUUCUAAUAAUAGACCUUGUUUAUUGUUAGAUAUAUGGUAAAUAUAUCGUAUAUCCGGUCAUUUUCGCGAUUAUCUAAUUUUUGGGGUUUUUUCGCGACCCCUUUUAACUUGCAAAUAUUGGAUUACGCAGAAAAUAUAUACUGUAUCAUUUUCUAUAAGAAACUUAUAUCGCAAAAAC